AUGGUGCGUGUUGGCGCGAAACGGGAGCGCCCGUGCAUGCUCGUCCUCCACGUUGCUUUGCGUGCCGCUGCGCUGCCCAGAAUGGAAGGACCCCAGCGCAUGGAGAAGGGGGCAGGCGCCUCUGCCUCGCCGCGAGAGCUCUUUAUCUGGAAGACGUCAGCAACCGCGGAGGUGUACGCAACGGCAGUGAUGCGCAGCAUGCGUGCGUACUGGCAACUGAUUGGCGGGGUGCGCUACGCCGGCCCCGAUGCCUUGACACUGGCCAGCGCCGUGUGGCAGGGCAUUGACAGCUCUACACCUGGGCCGGAGGCGGCAGCGCGAGGGGCAGGGAGUGCUGAGGGCGCUUCAUCGCCGAGCCCCCCUCCGACCAGUGCCACUAAAACCGGCGCCAUCCGCUCAAGGCAACUGCCGCAACGACGGCAGCGCAUUAGUGCGACCCAGCGGCGCACCGGCGUACUGCGGUGUGCGGUACAUCUUUCUCGCUCUGUCUACGGGGAUGCAGGCGCCGUACACGUGUUACGAGCCGCGUGCGCGUGCGUGACACAGACUAAAGUAGCGGUACCGCUGUCGCAACUGGCCGUUGAUGACGGUGCCGCGACAGUGGUGGACGCUUCGAAAGCCGGCGCGCAAAAGAGACGUAGUGGACGCGCAGAGGUGGAUGUCGGGGAUGUGAUGGAGCAGGUCUGCCACGCAGCCGUGCAUGUCGCGCGUGUGGAACACGUGUUGCCGGCACGCCAGCGGCGCUGA